CGAAGCUAGUGCGCCGACCGUGUGAGAAGCCAGACGCCCAGCAAGGUAGCAAGCCAUAUCCCGUACCAGUCAACGGAUUGGAUUUAGGUAGCCUGUUCAUACAGGUCUGAGAAGGCUGAAGGCAUUGUCUCUGGGGGAUUGGAAGUUGGAUCUGGCCGAUGGGAGAUGGAAGAUGUUGGCUUAUAAGCAUAUUCACGGCGUCGACCUUGGGCCACCGGUACAGCUAGAUGCUACAUACUUUCAUUAUUGAUGGUCGGCCUCUGUGCCCCUCCUAUUGUAGUUGGAGAUGGUGAAAGGGUCAAGUAUAUGGCAGACACCCGCGUAUCUACCAGUGAAACCAUGAGGUCAAGUCCGAAAAACGCUGGGUCCUAUCCGCCCUUUCAAUCCGAUGCUCAGGCAUCAUAAAUAUGUGUGCCAAAGAUAAUCUAUAGGAGCAUUAACUGGGUAUUUAGCGAGCUUCUGCUUCU